CCGGUUCAAAGUUCAGGGGUUAAACACAUGUCGGCGCGCAAGCAAUGAAUGGUGCUGCUGUACAUGUAUAAUCUCAUUUUGGAAUUCAUUUAAAGUAUAUACAACAUUUUGAAGGAACGCAAAAUUAGCAUAAAGAAGGAAGGUAGCCACUGGACAGCUAAUUUAGCGAAAGCGCAAUAUAAUAAGUGUCGAACGGAACGCCUAUCUUGUUCUGGGUGACAAGUUAAGGACUGAAACGAAAUGGCAGGGAUUUUGUUUGAAGACAUAUUCGAUGUGAAGGACAUUGACCCUGAUGGAAAGAAAUUUGACAGAGUGUCUCGUCUACAUUGUGAGAGUGAGUCUUUCAAAAUGGACCUCAUUCUUGAUGUCAACAUUCAGAUAUAUCCUGUGGACCUUGGAGACAAGUUCCGGUUGGUCAUAGCGAGUACUCUCUAUGAAGAUGGCACUCCGGACGAUGGGGAGUAUAACCCCCAGGAUGACCGCCCCUCGCGGGCGGACCAGUUCGAUUACGUGAUGUACGGCAAAGUGUACAAAAUCGAGGGAGACGAGACGUCCACGGAGGCGGCGACGCGUCUAUCGGCGUACGUAUCCUACGGAGGCCUGCUGAUGAGGCUGCAGGGAGACGCCAACAACCUGCACGGCUUCGAAGUCGACUCCCGGGUGUAUCUUCUUAUGAAGAAGCUGGCCUUCUGAGAGCACCAGCGAUUAGGCAGCUACAUCACUGAGAAGCGAAAAUUGCUGAGAACAUUCAAGUGUUUCACACCGACGUGCAAGAAAUGCUGCUGGUGCUCAGGGCUGUUUGUUAAACCAUGUAAAUAAAUAUGUUUUAUAUAUA